AUGAUUCUAUUCACUUUCCCUUUACUGCUUUUUCAUUUGAAGCUUGUGGAAACUCAUCAGAACCGAUCUCAGAUUGCUUCUUCAUAUGCAAAUUGGGCUUUGCAAGGAAAAUCCGAUUCUGUGCCGAGUCUUCAAGUCAUUUACACAACAACAACUCCACAACCCUUUUAUCAAGAGAACUUGUUCAAAAUUCGUCACUACAUUCAUCCAGUCAAGCAGCCGCAGCCAUAUGUGAGAAAUGAGACAAAUGCCAAUUUUGUUCGAGGAACCUCGACGAACCCGAACGUUCUCUCAAAUGCUCGUCUUUUUCCUCAGCGAAUUCAACCGAUGAUGAGACUUCCCGAGACUCUUCACCCGCCAACAGUCUCACCACAACCACAAUCUGCAAUUGGAACUCCUCCAAUUCGAGCAAAUAUCGAUUACUACUCAACUCCAGCAACAAUGUUGGGAACAAUUCCAAGCCUUCCAACACCACAAAUCCCUACUCUUCCUCCAUAUCCAAGGGGUUUCUCAUUCCUUUCACCAACUUCUCCUCAACGCAACCAUGUCGUUGAUCAUUUUCCACCGAUGUCGAGUACUUUGAGAGCUCUGGCUUCACAAAGGCACAAGAUUCAUCCAAAUCCUCCACCAAAAGUUGAUUCUCCACAAGUCGAGGAGGAUUUCUCAAUGGAAUCAAUUGAAAAAGAAGAUCCGCACAAAGCUCUUUCAAAGAAGAAACACAAAUGGGGGAACACUUAUCGAAGGAUGACUUAUUAUCCGAAUGGUCAAAUAGAGUGCGAGUUCGGUUGGUGUGGGCGAAUGUGUUGUAUGCCGAGACAACAAAUCACUACACCGACAACCGUUCAUGCGAUGGCAAUGCCUGGUGGAGCGAAUCCUCCUUCACCGAUGGUCUUUGUCCUUCACCCACAUCCCACAGUCGCCCCUCAACCUCAGUGUUCUCCCUCUUGCCAACCGAUGUGUCUUCCCGGUUGCGCUGGUUCUUUUCAUCAAGAAUUCCAACAACAGCAACACCAAUGCAGAGAGGAUUGUAUGCCUGAAUGUCAUGUGGAUUGUCUAAUCUUGCCACCGGAGACAAUGCCGUGUCGAGGAGGGUUUCCUUGCCGAUGUGCUCCAGGGUAUAUGAAAUGUGCUCCAAUGAUUUGUUGUCUCAUGUACAGGAACAUGGCCAAGAAGCUGCGAGCCGACGUCGAUUCAGAUCUCCAGAAAAAGAUGAAUAGCACAGUUUUUCAUGAUCGAACCUGGCGAGGACCUUGGGAGAAAGUUAUUCAAGGCACUCCGGUAAAAGAAGUUGAAGGAGAAUCGAUCGGCGCACCUGUGGAGUCAACAACCACAACAACAACGACUUGUGCUUCUGUAUCCAUCGAAGAAAAGUCGACUGAGAAGAUGUCAAAAGCUUGGAAACCAGCACAACCGAAUUGGGAGUCUCUCUAUGAAGUGAUGCGCACAACACCGAAAACCCUUGUCCCAAUCUAUCCAACUGUUCCCAGUUAUGAGCAAUGGGAAAUGGGAAAGAAGAGGAAAAAGGAUUUGGAUACACAGUUUAUAUCAAGUCACACUUUUAUCAAGGUACUCCAAGAUUUGGUUGGACUACAGACCAAACUCGACGUUUCUCAAUCGGGAGAAACAAGUGAAAGUGGGGAAUUUAGAUACUUCGACAUGCUAGUCAACAAUGACCUCGAGAAACGACUUUUCAAGAAUCAGGCU